AUGUUUUUUACCCUUUUAUUGAUUACGCGUCUAGCACUUUCAAUAAACAUUAAGGAUAUUUAUCACUCCAAUAUUGAUAACUAUUAUAUACAUCAAAAUCAAUUAAGUCCUAUUUUGACUCUCCCAGAGGCGAGAAAAAUAUCUAUAAUCUAAUUAUAGGAACAAUCAAUAUGCAAUGCCAAAUAAAGAACGUUAGGAUUUCAUACUGACUUAUAUUAACAAUUUGAUGAAAAUCAAUACUUGCUUGCCUUAAUCCAACUUACCCCAAGUUCCUAUUUAAUAUUUUCCUCAAAUAAUAGUCUCAUUUACAGGGACAGUGACACAGCUAAUCACCACUAUUUUUCAAUGGAUAGCAGUCAAUAAAUCUCAAUGAUAAAAUUAGAUUAAGAUGUUCUCAUUCUUUCAAAUACUCAAGCCUUCCUUUUGGAACUGGAAACCUUAGCCGCCAGAUCAGUAAUCUAUCGAGAAGUCAAAGAUUGGAGAUAACGGGCUUAUCGGAGAUUGACAAAAUUGAUUCGUAUUUAAAAUAAAUAGUUUUUACUAUCCGCCAUUGGAGAAGAUGGAUUAGAACUCUAUAGUACGGAGGGCAGAAACAUAACAUUCAUCAAGUAAUUCCAGACCUACAAAAACAUCGUUGAUUUCGCGGAAGUGAAUAACAAUGUCUACAUCCUCGACUCUGAACAAGGCCUAAUUUGGUGUUAUGUUGAAUCCGCCAAUCUCACUACUCAAAUCACUAAAAUCGAUAACAUGCAGGGUGGAAUUGCUGUUGAUUCUUACAACGGAGCCAAUGUCUUCGUGGCCUAUAAGUGGGUACGCUAUGCAGUUGUUGAAUACAUCGUAAAUCAGACAUCUAAAUAUUGGUAUAAACAUAAUAUGAUUUACACAAAAAAGAUCUAUGACGUAGAUGCCCUAGCUGACUUUGCAAUCAUUUAAGGACAGUAUCACCACCUUGUUUUGUUCAAUUAUCAUUUAUCUGACGAGAACACCUACCUUAGACACUUUCGACUAUCAGACUUCCAGGUGUUUUAUCACGAAGAUAAAAUUUAUUUUAGCGGCAUAACAUCAAAGUCUUAUGUAUUCUCGGAACUUUACGUUCUGCCUGCCUAAAUCAUUUGCUUUUCCAAUAAUACAUCAAUUAGCUUCUCAUACAAUUUAUAAUAUAUCGAGUAGAUUGCUAAAAGUAAAUACAUAAGACAUCAUUAAAAGAUUUAGGUCAGGGUUGUUGACACCUAUUUUUAUGAAGAUUAAGUAGUUUUUGUAGUCAUGGGUUGUUUUUUGUUUCUAAUUCUCUUCAUCUUGCUUUUAGGUUUUUUGAUAAAAAAAAAUAAAUCUAUGUAAGCAUAAACCAAGGAGUUAGAAAAUAUUAUUUAAACCAAAUAUAAAUAGGAUGUGCUCAAGAAAGAUGAGGAUCCUCCUUAGAAUAUACAAUCGAACUUAAUGAGUGUCAGAGAAUCAAAAGAUAUAGAACAUUUGAAUAUUUAAUAAUGA